AUGGCGACCGCUGGUGAAAAUUUCAGCAAUAUCUCAAGUCGGAAAAGAGCACAUGAAGCUGCAAGAAGCUCCGCUGAUGCACAUACUGACAGUGAGGUUGCAAGUUUUAUGCAGCCAAUCAGUCCCAUGAUUCAGCAUCUGUCAUCCAAGAGCAUAAUUCGACCAGCACCCUUCAGUUACGAGCAGGAAGCGUUGGACACCAGAGCACAGAUUGAUUACUCAGUCCGGAUCUCUAUAGAAGAUGCUAAAGCAGGCAGAGCUCCAAGACCUGUACGUGUAUAUGCUGAUGGCAUAUAUGACAUGUUCCACACAGGACAUGCUCGACAACUCAUGCAAGCUAAGAUGGCCUUUCCUAAUGCAUACUUGAUUGUAGGAGUCUGCAGUGAUGAGCUCACAUUCAGGAACAAGGGGCGGACAGUUAUGAAUGAAACAGAGCGGUAUGAGACAAUUCGACACUGUCGUUAUGUUGAUGAGGUUCUCACUGAUGCUCCUUGGACUCUAGACAUGGCCUUCCUUGAAAAACAUAAGAUUGACUUUGUUGCCCAUGAUGAGCUUCCAUACACAAUGGGAUCAGCUGAUGAUGUCUACAAGUUUGUAAAGGAGAGAGGAAUGUUCCUGGCCACAGAGAGAACAGAAGGUGUCUCUACCACCGAUGUGAUAACCAGAAUUAUCAAAGACUAUGAUGUGUAUAUCAGGAGAAAUCUGGCCAGAGGAUACUCACAUAAGGAGUUGAAUGUUAGCUACAUGAAGGCUAAAAGACUCAAGUUUAAAGACAAUUAUGAGAAGCUUGAGAACAAGAUUAAGGACAAGGGUAAAGAUCUCAUGGAUAAAUGGAAGGGCCAGAUAGGAAAGGGCAAUGAAAUGCUCCACAAGUGGGAAGAAAAGUCCAAAGAAUUCAUUGGCAACUUUGUGGAAAUGUUUGGCAAAGAAGGAAAAUUG